AUGCUACCCACCUCGCGCACCGACAAGAGGUCCUCCUACACCAACAUCGACAUCGAUCAGCAUCAAGCUACCACGUCCGCGACCUCUCCCUACGCCGCCACCUCCGCGAUCAAUUCAUCGCAAGACGUUCCAGCGCCGUAUCGCAAGCGCUACAUCGACAGCCAAGACGCGCUCCUUCCUACCUACUCUCCCCCUGCAUCCACCUACCUAGCCCAAGACUCGCCCGGCAGGAUGAGUAGUCCAGGCCCCAACGCUCGCCGCUUUGCAGCAGGCUUCGAUCCCUACUCGUCCAGCAGCAACGUCGAUGCAGACUCUUACUCGGAUUCAGCAGCGCUCAAAGCUAAGGAGGCCGGCUUUGCUCCACCUCCGUCCGGAGCGGCCAAGGUCAACAAGUACGACCACCUCAUUCCAGUCCACAAGCAACGCACUCCUAACUUUGAGCUCAUAGCAUGGACUAUUCGCCAGGAAGAGGUCAUCGGUCUCAUCUACACCAUCCUCUCGCUCGUCACUCGACUCUGGGGUAUCGGCAACAGCAAUGUCGUUGUUUGGGACGAGGCUCAUUUCGGCAAAUUCGGCUCGCACUACUUGCAGCAGGAGUUCUACUUUGACGUUCAUCCUCCUUUGGGCAAGAUGCUCGUGGGUCUUGCCGGUCUCAUCAGCGGCUACCGCGGUCAAUUUGAAUUCAAGUCCGGGGAGACGUACCCCGCCGAUGUCAACUACAUCGGCAUGAGGAUCAUCCUCGCUAUGUUUGGUGUCGCCAUGGUGCCUCUGGCGUGGUUCACCAGUGGCGGUCUCAACUGGAAUUGGCGCGCACGUCAUCUACUAACGAUCAUGGUCUUGCUCGACAACGGCUGGCUCGUCAUCUCGCGCUUCAUCUUGCUCGACUCGAUGCUCCUCUGCUUCACUCUCACCACCGUCCACGGUCUCGUCAAAUUUCUGCAGUACAAAUCGACUCCCUUCUCAAAAGGUUGGUGGUUCUGGCUUGCUUUCACUGGCGCUUCCAUCGGCUGCGUAACGUCAGUCAAAUGGGUCGGUCUCUUCGCCACCGCCCUCGUCGGCGUUUUCACGGUCGAGGAUCUCUGGGAGAAGUUUGGCGAUCUGCGCAUGCCCGUUCGCACCUAUGCGCGUCACUGGUGCGCUCGUAUCCUUUGCCUCAUCUUCUUGCCCAUGACCAUCUACAUGCUCAGCUUCAAGGCGCACUUUUUGAUCCUCAGCCGAUCCGGUCCGGGCGAUGCACAGAUGAGCAGUCUCUUCCAGAGUCACCUCCGCGGCAACGAUUUCGCCCUUUCGCCGCCCGAGGCUGCCUUUGGCUCCAAGAUCACGCUCAAGAACAUGGGCUACGGAGGCGGGCUGCUCCACUCUCACGUCCAGACCUACCCCGUCGGAUCGCAGCAGCAGCAGGUCACUUGCUACCAUUACCGCGACAACAACAACGAGUUCAUCAUCACGCCUCCUUGGGGCGAGCAGCAGCUUCCCGCCAAUUACUCCUCCUCCGAAGAACCGAUCCGCAUGCUCAAGAACAACGACAUCAUCCGGAUCGUCCACGAUCAGACCAAGCGCAACAUCCACUCGCACAACGUCGCUGCACCCGUCACCAAGGAGAACCUCGAGGUGUCCGGGUAUGGAGAUGCCGAGGUGGGCGACGAUAACGAUCACUGGGUGGUCGAGGUGGUGGACGACAUGGUGCACGGCAAGGUUCCUCGCGGCGGACCGGUUCGAUCCUUGACGACGAGGCUGAGGUUGCGACACAAGAACCUCAACUGCUACAUGCGCGCCGCCAACGCCGUGCUCCCGCAGUGGGGUUGGAAGCAGGUCGAAGUGUCCUGCGACAAGGAAAACAACCCCAAGGACCAACACACCUGGUGGAACAUCGAGAACCACUGGAACGACCGUCUGCCCCCCGGCGAUUCGCAACUCUACAAGUCGCCGUUCCUCCGCGAUUUCAUCCAUCUCAACGUCGCCAUGAUGACGUCCAACAACGCGCUGAUUCCGGAUGCGGAUAAGGAGGAUAUCCUGGCCUCCAAACCGUUCGACUGGCCGUUCCUGUGGAACGGACUGCGCAUGAACUCGUGGGAUGACAACUCGAUCAAAUUCUACCUCCUCGGAAAUCCGGUCAUCUGGUGGUCUUCAUCCUUCUCCCUCCUCGCGUUUGCGGGUACGUGGUUGUGGUACAUGAUGAGACGUCAACGACGAAUCCAAGACCUCUCUCCCACCGACUGGUCUCACUUCCUCUACGUAGCCAAACUUGCGGGUUUCGGAUGGAUCCUUCACUACCUACCCUUCCUGAUCAUGGCGCGCGUGUGUUACCUGCAUCACUACCUGCCGAUUCUGUACUUUGCAGUGUUGAUGUUGGUUCAUCUGAUGGAUCAUUUCUUCUGGCGAAGAACCACCGCCGUGUACAGCUUUGGCGGGAAAAAAGGUAGAAGAGAGCCGCUGGGGGAGGGAGUGAAGAAUGCAGUGUUCGUGGGGAGUGUCGUGGCGGUAGCGGGUGCGUUUUGGUGGUUCAGGGGAAAUUCGUACGGUUUCAAGGGUGAUAUCAGUGGGUAUAAGGGGUUGAAGUGGAGGAAAAGUUGGAAUAUCUACUAA